CUACUUUCUCUUCCGUCUCUGCGUCGAGCCUUUGAUUCGUGGUCUUCGGCCGUUUCUAAUUGGGGCAUCAUAAAUCUGGUGCCUCUCCUCAACCUUUGUUUCUACAAAUCGUGGGGCGAGUUUCCAGAUCUCUACAAUUUUGCUCUGUUUCGCAACUUGGGCGGAGAGUGCUAGAUCUCAGCAAAACUGCUAUGUUUUCGUCACUGAACCACCAUCCCAAUCAUGGCAGCAGAUGAAUUGGGUUCUAUGCUCAAUCGGAUUCGGAUUGCAGAGAACGAAGAUGGAAUUCUCCCACUGCAUACGGUUUGGAAACAGGAAGAUGCUACAGUGGACAAGUUACGGUUUCAGGCCUCCCUCACUCCAGAGCAAUAUGAUUUCUCUACAAACCCAUUCUGGGUCCGCAUAUUCGAUGUCCCUAUGGGUUUACAUUCUGAGGAGAUUGGUUUCCUGAUUGGUAGUUCCUUAGGACGAGUUUUGGAAGUGGAUGAAGGUUUCAAGAAAGCUGUUAGAGUUAGAUUAGAAUUGAAUGUCGUCAAUCCAUUGCGACAUUUCAAGAUUUCUCAAAUUACUAAUACAGAAAGCAGGAAACUCCAGAUCAAAUAUGAAAGACUCCCAGAGUUUUGUUCUGUCUGUGGUUGCUUGGGACAUGUGGAGAAUGAUUGUGACAUUGCUCAUCGCAUUAAAGAUGCAGGUGGCAAAAUUAUCAGGCGCUUUGGUCCUUGGUUAAAAGCUGAACUUGAGAAUUCAUGGUGCCCAGACGAUUUUGACGCUCUGGAUGAAGCCUUCUGCAAAAAUACCCAAUUUGCGAAGGGAUAUAAAGGCAUAUCUGAUACUGAGCACUCUGAGAAUGGAGAAAACCAGUCACUGAAUACUAUGCCCCUCUGUGGAGGCCAAGUUGAGGGGGGUAACACUAUUUAUGUGCACGUCGAGGGGGGAAACAAUGAGAAUGGUACAAAAGAAGUGGUGUUUGGAGUUGAAGCUCACCAAACUCGAGUAGGUUUGCCUUCAAUUGCUGAGGUACAGUUGGUGGAAGUUCCAUUGUCCCAACAAUUUGAGGACAUGAUGACUCAUAAGGGGAAAGGAAAAACUGCAAAAGCAAAUAAGGGUAGUUGGAAAAGACUAGAUCAUACAGUGGCCUCUACGCUGCACGCAGAGAACAACACCCAAAACAAGCGCAGAAGUUGUCUAACGCCUAUGGAGGAAGAGAGAGCCCUUAAAGUGCUUGUAGAUAAUACUGGGGUGGCUUUAGCCCGGUUGGCUAAAGGUCAUGACCCCCCCGCCGGUUGAUGCAUGCUUUCGCAUAGGGACGACAUCUGGCAAGUUGGGGACUGUUGAUGUCGACACUCCCUGCUCUCCCCACAAAACUGGCUAAAUAGAGUCAUGACUUUUCAUCAAGAUGAAUUUUGAAUUCUAUUUUGAAUUAUGUUAAGAUGUGAACAUAAUUAUAUUUAGAAUUAUUGUAAAUAUUUUAUACUUUAGAAUAUUCUCUUUGUAUACUUUAUACCUUAGAAUAUUCUCUUUGUAAACACCUAUAUAUAGGUCAUUGUACAUAUGGUAUAAUUCAAGAAAGCAAUAAACCUUUCUUCAGAUA